CAGGAUUGUUCUCUCAUCGAUGCCUGUGCAACUAACCCAUGUGAGAAUGGUGCCCGCUGCACCAAUUGGAAUGGCCGCUACAACUGUACCUGCCCACCAGGAUACCAGGGCCGCAGCUGCCGUCUGGAUAUUGACGAAUGUCGAACAGCUGGGCUCUGCCAAAAUGGAGGACAGUGUAUUAACACCCCCCUGGAUCUUUCCGUUGUCGCUGCCCAAGUAGUUUUUACUGGUCAGUUCUGUGAGGCCAACUAUGUGCCAUGUGCACCUUCCCAGUGCCAGAACGGAGGCACCUGCCGCCCGACUGGAGAUCUCGCCUAUCAGUGUGUCUGCCUGCCAGGCUUUGAAGGACCAAACUGUGAAAUCAAUGUGGAUGACUGUCCUGACCAUAAAUGCAUGAAUAGUGCCACGUGUGUAGAUGGAGUCAACACUUACAAUUGUCAGUGUCCCCCUGAGUGGACAGGUCAGUUCUGUACAGAAGAUGUAGAUGAGUGCCAGCUCCAGCCCAACGCCUGUCACAAUGGUGGUACCUGUUUUAACACUCAGGGUGGACACACAUGUGUCUGUGUCAAUGGCUGGACGGGAGAGAGCUGCAGUGAGAACAUAGAUGACUGUGCCACUGCUGUCUGCUUCAAUGGUGCCACCUGCCAUGACCGCGUAGCUUCAUUUUAUUGCGAGUGCCCUAUGGGCAAGACUGGUCUCCUAUGUCAUUUGGAGGAUGCAUGUGUUAGUAAUCCUUGCCACAAGGAUGCCAUGUGUGACACUAACCCAGUGAACGGACGAGCAAUCUGCACGUGUCCUCCUGGGUUUACCGGGGGAGCUUGUGACCAAGAUGUGGAUGAAUGCUCGAUAGGUGCCAAUCCAUGUGAGCACUUUGGUCGUUGUGUGAACACUCAGGGUUCUUUCCAGUGUCAAUGUGGUCGGGGCUACACUGGUCCUCGAUGUGAAACUGAUGUGAAUGAGUGUUUGUCCACACCCUGCCAGAACGAUGCUACCUGCCUGGACCGGAUAGGGGAAUUCACCUGUAUUUGUAUGGCUGGUUUUACUGGUACCUUCUGUGAGCUCAAUAUUAAUGAAUGUGACAGCAGUCCAUGUGUUAAUGGAGGCGUUUGUAAGGAUAUGGUGAAUGGAUUUACCUGCAGCUGUCCUGCUGGUUUCUCAGGCUCCAUGUGCCAGAUUGACAUUGACGAGUGUGCCAGCACUCCCUGUAAGAACGGAGCUAAGUGUGUGGAUAGACCCAACGGUUACGAGUGUCGUUGUGCGGAGGGUUUUGAGGGUACGCUUUGUGAGCGUAACAUAAAUGAAUGUUCCCCUGACCCGUGCCACCAUGGGAAGUGCCGGGAUGGUAUUGCCAGCUUUACCUGUACGUGUGACCCUGGAUAUACUGGCUAUCGCUGCGAGAACCAGAUAAACGAGUGCCACAGUAACCCCUGUACGAAUGGAGGAAAAUGUAUUGACCUGGUCAACAAAUACUUGUGCUACUGUCAGCCAGGAACCUCAGGUAUGAACUGCGAGUACAAUUAUGACGACUGUGCCAGCAACCCAUGUGACUAUGGAGAAUGUAAAGACGGAAUCAACAAAUAUGAGUGCGUGUGCAAACCAGGAUUCACAGGUCCUCUCUGUAACAUAGAGGUGUCUCCAUGUGCAUCCAACCCAUGCCGAGCUGGAGGAACCUGUCAAAUUACACAGAAUGGUUUCCGCUGUGUUUGUCCUGAAGGUGGCGGUCCUCGUGACUCUCUGUGUAACCCCACCCAGUUAUGCACCCCUUCGUGUGUCCAUGGUGUGUGUCGUAAAGUCAGUGAGAUGUAUGCAUGUGAAUGUCACCAAGGCUGGUCUGGCAGGUCAUGUGACCGGCGAAGCAGUGAUAUUUGUACUGCCACCACCUGUCAGAACGGAGGAACUUGCACUGACCAUCUUGGACGACCAGUCUGUCGCUGUCGAGAGGGCUUCCGAGGAAACUUUUGUGAGACUAAUAUUAAUGAGUGUGCCCCAGCUCCUUGUCUGAAUGGAGGAACCUGUGUGGAUGGUAUUGCCGGAUACAGCUGUCUAUGUACACUGCCAUAUACAGGCCAGACAUGUGAGACUCUCCUUGCGCCCUGCAGUCCUGAGCCUUGUCAUAAUGGCGGUGUGUGCACACCAUCUGCAGACUAUGAAAGCUACACCUGCAAAUGUCUUAGUGGCUGGGAAGGUGAGUCAUGUGACAUCGACGUGAAUGAAUGCAACAGGAGCCCUUGCCAAAAUGGUGCACAGUGCAUCAACCUUCCAGGCGGAUACAACUGUCUCUGUAAACCAGGAUACACGGGUCACAACUGCGAGACUGAUAUUAAUGAUUGUUCACCAAAUCCCUGUCUCAAUGGUGGUUCCUGCAAGGAUGGGUGAAUUCUUUCUCCUGCACAUGUCUGCCUGGCUUUACUGGACCAAGAUGUGUGAAUGAAAUCAAUGAAUGUCUUAGUGACCCAUGCCUCAAUGGAGCCACCUGCUUAGAUUAUGUUAACAGCUAUGUGUGUUCCUGUGCUCCAGGAUACACUGGGCCUGUCUGCGAGACCAACAUACAGGACUGUACUGAGAGCUCCUGCUUUAAUGGUGGGACCUGCAAAGACGGCAUGGAUUCCUACACCUGCAUCUGCCACUCUGGCUUCACCGGCUCUCACUGCCAACACGAAGUGGAUGAGUGCGCUUCCCGUCCCUGCCAGAAUGGAGCUGUGUGUGUGGACAGGGUGGAGUCCUAUCAAUGUAUCUGCCCCAAUGGAUACACAGGGACGCAGUGCCAGAACUUGCUGGAUCUUUGCCGUCGUUCUCCGUGCCAGAAUGGAGGUCGCUGCACUCAAAUAGGCCCAUCUAUCCGCUGCGAGUGUCCUUCUGGAUGGACGGGAAGUUACUGUGAUAUCCCACGUGUGUCAUGUGACGUAGCAGCGAACAGGAAAGGUGUCCGCGUGGAUCAGCUCUGCCAUGCUGGGGGGGUCCUGUAUGAAUACAGGCAACUCUCACAAGUGUUUCUGCAGAGGAGGCUACACUGGCAGCUACUGUGAGACACCCAUCAACCAG